UCUGAGAUUACACAAUUUACACUCGCGUUUCAGCAUUCUUGCAGCCGUCGAAAGAAAAAAGAGAGAAGCAAAUCCGCCAUGGGGAAAGUUCAUGGAUCAUUGGCGCGUGCCGGUAAGGUUAGAGGACAGACACCGAAGGUGGCGAAGCAAGACAAGAAGAAGAAACCAAGAGGACGUGCUCACAAGCGUAUGCAGCACAAUCGCCGUUUCGUUACCGCCGUUGUUGGUUUCGGUAAGAAGAGAGGACCUAACUCGUCUGAGAAGUAGAAGAUAAAUGAUGUUUGAAAGAAGAUAGAUGAUUGAAAGAUAUGCCUUCUGUUGAAGCUUCGUGUCAUGGCUGUUUUUGAGAAUUUCGUUUGUUGCUAGUUAUUUUUCUUUUGGCACUAAACUAUGUGUUUUGAUUCUAUGCUAUGAAAUACGACUGUUUCAGUUUUGAUUCUGAUUCUCAUUCUGGAAACACAAAAAUU